AUGCCGCGGCUAAUCUUCAAGCGUGUCGCUCUCGACAUUCCGAUCAAGAAAGACGAAGGAAUCGCGUUCGCGGAGGCAGCCGAGGCCGGUGAGGAGUCCAACCAGGAUCAGGCAAACGAGCUCCACCCACCAAGCUUCGAAGAGGCGACGCGCAACUUCCCCCUCGGGCAGCCCGUCUCGCAAGCUCCGAAUGAAAUACCCACAGAGCUGGAGCUCAUCCGCCUGCAUCAGUUCAAGGUGCUCCUCGAUGGCGGCGCGAUUUCGCAGGAGGAGUACGAGAUCGCCAAGCAGAAGCUGCUGAGCGUCUUGAUGUCGUGA